CAUCCAAGUUUUUUUAUAUCCUACACAACAAAAACUAUGUCUGACACCUUCUCUUUGAAAGUCCCAGCAUCCUCUGCCAACAUCGGACCCGGGUUUGAUGUGUUGGGGAUUGGUUUGAACUUGUAUUUGGAAAUCGAUGUUAAGGUUGACCCAAAGGUUGAUACUUCUUCUGAUCCAUUUAACGCUGCCAUUACUUACGAAGGUGAUGGUGCCGCCAACGUGCCCUUGGACUCUGGUAAGAACUUGAUCACAAACACAGCUCUCUAUGUCUUGAGAUGUAACGAUAUCAAGGCCUUCCCAGCUGGUACUCAAAUCCAUGUUAAGAACCCAAUCCCAUUAGGUAGAGGUCUUGGUUCUUCUGGAGCCGCCAUUGUUGGUGGGGUUAUGCUCGCCAAUGAAGUGGCCAAGUUGGGGUUCUCCAAGGAACGUAUGCUUGACUACUGUCUUUUGAUUGAAAGACAUCCAGACAACAUUGCUGCCGCCAUGUUGGGUGGAUUUGUUGGUUCAUACCUUAAUGAAUUAUCUCCAGAGGAGACUACUGCCAAGAACGUUGACUUGGAGUACAUCUUACCUAAAUAUAAUAAGACAGAUGAAUCACAAAUUGUUUCCACUCCUCCUCCUCAAAAAAUUGGUCAAUAUAUUCAAUACGAUUGGUGUAAGAAGAUCAAAUGUGUGGCUAUAAUACCACAGUUUGAAGUCUCUACCGAUAAGGCCCGUGCCGUUUUACCCGAGUUGUACUCCAAGCCGGACAUUGUGUACAAUUUGCAACGUUUGGCCGUUCUUACCACUGCCUUGACUAAGAACGAACCAGACCAUUGGCUCAUCCAUGAAGCCAUGAAGGACAAGAUUCAUCAACCUUACCGUUCCACCUUGAUUCCUGGACUUUGCGAAGUUUUGGCUAGUGUCACCCCAGACCUGCACCCAGGCUCCUGUGGGAUCUGUUUAUCUGGUGCUGGUCCAACCAUUCUUUGUUUAGCUACUGACAACUUUGAAGAAAUAGCAACCUCAGUCAUUGAUUUCUUCAAGAAGGAAGGCAUUGAAUGUGUUUGGAAGUUGUUGGACUUGGCUUACGAAGGUGCCACUGUCGAAAGAAAGUAGAUAAUAGAUAGAUACAAUAGGUAUUUUUUAGAAUAGCACAUAGAUACAUAUAAUGG